AGAACCCUGUCUACUAGUUACUAGUAGUAGUAUUAAAACAGCUCUACUACUAGGGUAACACACUAACUAAUUAAUAUCACAUUGAGUUUCAAGACACGACAACCUUAACCUUUUUUUUGUCUUUCAUUUCUUUUAUUUCUUUUAAUUUUCCAACUUUCUAGAAAUCCCUUCUUAUAGAUGAUUGUAAUCGUCCUGAGUUUGCGCCCAACGAUUCAACGGUGAACAAUCAUGAGUUCUGCCUCACCGUCACCCCACAAGCCGCGGCGCAAAGGGAAGAAGACGACACAUUUCGAUUCUGUCCCCGUCAAACCCGAAGCGCUAAUACGAACACCUUCCUUUCCCCUUGCAGCCUUUCUCUGGCCUGCCCGGAGCUCUUUGUCGCAAUGGGAGGUUCUUCCUCUUAUUCUUAUCGUCGUCGGCCUGUUUCGCUGGGCCGCGGGAUUAUGGGGAUAUUCAGGCUUCCAGAAGCCCCCAAUGUUCGGCGACUAUGAAGCACAGAGACACUGGAUGGAAAUAACGACACACCUCCCAAUAUCACAAUGGUAUUUUCACGACUUGCAGUGGUGGGGUCUCGAUUAUCCUCCCUUGACGGCAUACCACAGCUGGCUACUCGGCAAGGUCGGGUCUCUCGUUGAUCCCGCAUGGUUUGCGCUCCAUACCUCUCGAGGCCUAGAAGAUCAAAAUCUCAAGAUCUUCAUGAGGGCCACCGUCAUCGUGUCCGAAUACCUCAUCUUCAUUCCAGCUGCGGUGAUAUUUGUCAGGAGAUACAGCAAGCUCUUCGGCGUGGCUCAGUGGACUGCGUCGGUUGCGCUUGUGGCUAUACUCAUGCAGCCCGGAACCAUUCUUAUCGACCACGUUCACUUCCAGUACAACACGGUCAUGCUGGGAUUUGUUUUAGCGAGCAUGUCUAGCAUGGUAGCAGGGCGAUUCAUGUGGGCCUCGAUUUUCUUCGUUGCGGCGCUAGGGUUCAAGCAGAUGGCAUUGUAUUAUGCGCCAGCUGUGUUUGCCUUUCUAUUGGGAAGUUGUACAUUUCCGCGCAUCAAUAUUGGACGGCUGAUGGGAAUCGCGGCCGUCACUUUAGCGUCCUUUGCCGUUCUUGUGCUCCCAAUAAUGUUGGGCACAUUAUAUGAUGUGAGCCGAGGAAUCGACUCGCGACCUAACCUUGAUGGUCCUCGACCCCCACUCCCUAUUUUUGCCUUCGUCGCGGACUUUCUAGAUACCAAAGCCUUUUAUUAUCCGUUACUAGAGCAGGUGGCUCAGAUGGUCCACCGAAUCUUCCCCUUUGCGCGAGGACUAUUUGAGGACAAGGUUGCCAACUUCUGGUGUGCAGCUAAUGUGGUGAUAAAGCUGCGGAAUUACCCAACUGAGCUACUACAGCGAAUCUCGCUGCUGGCGACUCUUGCCUCGAUUGGGCCACCUUGUGUCAUUAUAUUCUUCCGGCCCCGAAAGGAGCUUUUGCCAUAUGCAUUCAGCGCAACUGCGUGGGGCUUCUUUUUGUUCAGCUACCAAGUUCAUGAAAAGAGUGUGCUACUCCCACUUCUCCCCAUGACAUUACUCCUCGCUGGGAAGCAAGGCCUAGGAAAGGAGACUCGGUCUUGGGUUGGGUUUGCCAAUCUUGUUGGAGUAUGGACAAUGUUUCCGCUAUUACAGAGAGUCGGCCUACGAAUACCGUAUGCUGUACUAUCUCUGUUAUGGGCGUAUCUACUAGGCCUCCCUCCUGUUUCCAUCAGCGCCUACUUCGAGGAAGGGCAGAAUAUCUGGGCUCAGUGGUUGACAGCCAUGACCCACGGCGCCUUCUACGUCAUGAUGGCGGUUUGGCAUAUAUUAGAAUUAUCCGUUACCCCACCCCCUGAGAAACCCGAUCUAUGGGUCGUGGCCAACGUGGGCAUUGGGGCCGCCGGGUUUGCCCUGUGCUACCUGUGGUGCCUAUGGAAGCUAGCCCAGGAGAGCGGACUCUUCCGCAAGAGGCCGCCAGGUUCAAAGAAGCUCAAGGCUACAUGAGCUUUGAUAAGAGUUAGCGUUUGUGUCACGCCGUUUGUAAUAUAUGAGAUAAUAACGAAUAAAAAUUCUAACACAUACAACUGCACACUACACACGUAGGUACCCGAGACCUAUUAUUGGUAUCAUGUUUUUGCCUGUAUGUAUGUGUCCAUGGGCCUUCUUGGGUAUCUAUUCAUCAUUAGGCAGGCUCUACAAUGUCUACAUAGCAGUGAGUCUGUAGUCGUUUGUACUCAACAACUAACUAUCCC